UCGUACCAAUCGAGAAAAAGAAAAACACAAAUUAGAAAAGAAAAAAAAGAGAGUCAAAGAAAUAGCCAUGGAUGCCAUCGAUUCAGUCGUAGAUCCUCUAAGAGACUUUGCCAAGGACAGCAUCCGUCUCGUUAAGCGUUGUCACAAACCAGAUCGCAAAGAAUUCACGAAAGUGGCGGUCCGUACAGCUAUUGGUUUUGUAGUGAUGGGAUUUGUCGGUUUCUUUGUGAAGCUCAUCUUUAUUCCCAUCAACAACAUCAUCGUCGGUGCUACUUAAAAGAUAACCAGGGACGAUGGAGAAGGGUAGUAGUUACAGCUUUUGUUGUUUCAAGACACUUUUUCUUUUUGAUGCUCGAGAGAGUAAAACUUUUGUUACAAAUUGCAGAAUUCUAUUUAAUAUAUGUCACUGUUUUUAUUUUCA